AUGAUUACUAAGAUCAUUUUUAGCAUUUUUGUGAUUGUUAUAAGCUGGCUUUCCUACUAUUUUAUUGACGUUCUUGAUAUUUUUGUUGUUACACAAUUGCAUGACCAUGAAAAUUGUAAAGCAUUCGCUAUUCCUCUAGCAGCUGAAGACUUCGAGAUAUAUGGAAAUCUUUUAAUAUCAGGGAUAGCUGAUCGAAAACAUUUUGAUGUAAAAGAUCAGAUUAAAGGCUCGCUACUUUAUUUUGACUCCGAAGCCAAAACAUAUGGAUUUAUUAAGCUUUCUAAGUUCCCUGCUGAUCUCCCUUUUCAUCCUCAUGGAAUUUAUUUAUUCGAUAAUUCUACUCUAUAUGUCCUGAACCAUGCUUAUGGCGAUUAUGGAGAAAGAAUUGAAAUUUUUUACCUAAUGGAAUCCAAACCAGAAAGAAUCAGGGCAAAAUACGUAAGAUCUAUUGUAUUUCCCAAUGAGUUUCUAGGAAAGCUAAAUGAUAUAGCUGUUAUAAAGGAUGGGCAUUUCUAUGUGACUGAGUGGAUUCCUACUCCAGACACACCUGAAGGAAGAGAUGUUUCUGUAUGGACAACUCUUAAAAGAAACUUUUAUAUGAUGGGGAAAAAUACAAAUCUUUAUUACUGCAAAGAAAUUAAAUAUAAAUAAAAUGGCAUUCGGUUCGAGAGAAAUUAGCUUUGCUAAUUUUCUCUCCCUCAUGGAAUUUUAUUUAUAGGGUUAGGUUUUCACUCGAGAACUUCUGGACAGCAAUAGCGGUUUAACUCUGGGGAUAACCAGAGGAACCACUCCUCAGUCCACUCAAGAUUUCGGGCUUUUACCUCUCAGCACAUCCCCACGGGAGGAUGACCCUUAGGCGGAACACGCGCAGGAGCUGAGUCGAGCGACAAGGGCGACGGCAACGCGCCGGGUGAGACGUGCAGCAGGGCUGGUGAAGCAGGAGUUGUUAGAAGGCUUGGACGGGGCUGACCCGUGCCAAGAUGGCUCGCCUACGUCAUCAGUUUUGCCAUAGGCCCUUUUGGGCUGCGGCACUAGACACCUUAAACACCAGAUAAUUAAGUAAGUUAAGUAAGCAAAGAAAUUAAAGGGCAAAGUCCAUAUUGUGUAAUUCAAGACACUGAGAGAAGCUUCAACGGAGUUUACAUAUCAAACAACCAACUUUUUGCUGUUGAAUCUAUUGAAAGAAAGAUAAAAAUUUAUGACAUAAAAGAAAAUUUCAGUCUUUCCUUCAAUGCAGUCGUGAAUUUUUCUCAUCAUAUUGAUAAUAUUCUUAAACAAAGAGAUGGGACGUUUUUGGCAACUGGAAUUAAGAGGAUGAUUGAAUUUAUGAUCAUUUUAGAGGAAUUUCAUAGUGGGAAGGAAAGGUCAGCUAUAGCUGGAGGAGUCAGUAGAAUGAGUAAUGACAAUGGAAAUUGGACUGUUGAAGAGAUAAUUAUGCAAGAUAAAACCUUUGCUUCUGUUGCUGCUAUUAAUGAUGACACACUUAUUAUUGGAAGUGCGACAGAUAAUUAUCUUUUGCUUUGCCCAAUAAAUAAAUAG